AAGAAACACACAAAAAGACAGACACAUCAUUCGUUAAAAAAAAAUAUAUAUAUAGUAUUAUAAUCCAGAAUGCGCCUACGUUAUUCAGACAGACGCAUGCGCACUUAUGAAAAUCCACGUGAUUUCUUCAGAAAGUUGUUAUGACGGAAAAGACAACUAGAAACUGGAGUUUCAUUUAGUAAUACAAACUAAGAGAAACGCAGUGAAAAUGGCGUUGGAAAUGUUCAGGAAAGAAGAGACUCUUGCAAUGAGAAAGAAACUGAUUGGGCAGUCUUGCAGACUCUUCUAUUCAGACGAUCCCGUGAAGAUAGUCAGAGCCAGAGGACAGUAUUUGUAUGACGAAAAUGGCAAGCGGUACUUGGACUGUAUCAGCAACGUUCAGCACGUGGGUCACUGUCAUCCCAGCAUCACACAAGCAGCCACAACGCAGAUGGAGCUUCUGAAUGCCAAUUCGCGCUUCCUUCACGACAAUAUAGUUCAGUAUGCCGACCGCCUCGCUGCCACUCUGCCCGACAAGCUGCGUGUCUUCUAUUUUGUCAACUCAGGCUCAGAGGCCAAUGAUCUGGCACUACGCUUGGCCCACCAGUACACCCAACAUGAAGAUGUCAUUGUGCUUGACCAUGCAUAUCAUGGGCACCUGACUUCGCUCAUCGAUAUCAGUCCAUACAAGUUCCAGAAGCUGACAGGACAGAAAGAGUGGGUUCACGUGGCACCCAUACCAGACAUCUAUAGAGGUAUAUUCAGAGAGGACCAUCCCAACCCAGCCCAGGCAUAUGCAGAUACCGUGAAGGAUGUGAUAGACAAGGUGCACCAAAAAGGUCGCAAGGUUUCUGCAUUUUUUUCUGAGUCAUUGCCCAGUGUUGGAGGCCAAAUCCUCUUGCCCAAAGGAUACUCAACUAAAGUAGCAGAAUACGUGCACUCUGCAGGGGGAGUGUUUGUGGCAGACGAGGUGCAAACAGGUUUUGGGCGUGUGGGGAGCCAUUUCUGGGCCUUCCAGCUGCAGGGUGAUGAUUUUAGCCCUGACAUAGUGACAAUGGGCAAGCCGAUGGGCAACGGACAUCCCCUGUCAUGUGUAGCAACCACAGCGGAGAUCGCUGGGGCCUUCACAGCCAACGGAGUGGAGUACUUCAAUACAUUUGGCGGUAACCCAGUGUCGUGUGCCAUCGGCCUGGCUGUCCUGGACGUGAUUGAGAAGGAGGACCUGAGGGGGAACUCCUCAAGAGUAGGAGGACACCUAUUGGACCGGUUGAGACAGCUACAGACCAAACAUCCAAUCAUUGGAGACGUCCGUGGAGUGGGGCUGUUUGUGGGCUUGGAGAUGGUCACCGACAAAGAACAGAGGACCCCAGCUACAGACGCAGCAGCGCAAGUUGUCAGAAGACUGAAAGAGGAGUAUAUCUGUGUCAGUACAGACGGCCCCUGGGAGAACAUUGUCAAGUUUAAACCUCCCAUGUGCUUCAGUAUGGAGGACGCAGACUUGGUGGCAGACAAGAUACACCACAUUCUCACAGACAUGGAGCGCAGUCAUCAAUAACUGGACAGUGGAGAUUUAAGACGAACUGGAGUCAUCUUGGAGGAAGACAAGGGAAGGAAUGCAGAAGUAUUCAACACAACCAAUCUCACAGAUCCAUACCACAAUUAAGGAUAUAUAUUUUUUUUUAAAUCAUUAAGAUUACACUACGAGAUCUAACAACACACAAAUGGUUUGUGACAAUUCAUGAAGUGGAAUUAGUGACUGCUUUUGAUUCUGCAUGAGGGAUAAUAGAAACGGUGACAUAUGCAACAGAAAGGCAAUACAUUUGUACUAUAACACAAUGUACAUAUGAAUUUUUAUCCUCCUCGCAUUUAUACUGCCCUGUGGAAAUACAGUGCAUUCGGAAAGUAUUCAGACCCUUUGACUUUUUCCACAUUUUGUUACGUAACAGCCUUAUUUUACAAUGGAUGAAAUCCUCAAUCUACAUACAAUAUCCCAUUUGGAUAUUUUAAAGAAAAUUAAAACCAGAAAUACUUUUACAUAAGUAUUCAUACCCUUUGCUAUGUGACUCGAAAUUGAGCUCAUGUGCAUCCUGUUUCCAUGAAUAAACCUUGAUGUUUCUACCACUUGGAGUCCACCUGUGGUAAAUUAAAAUGAUUGGGGCCAUGAUUUGGAAAUGCACACACACACCUGUCUAUAUGAGGUCCCACAGUUGACAGUGCAUGUCAGCAAAAACCAAGCCCUGAGGUCAAAGGUGUUGUCUGUAGAGCUCCGAGACAGGAUUGUGUCGAGGCACAGAUCUACGGAAGAGAUUUCUGCAGCAUUGAAGUUCCCCAAGAACACAGUGGCCUCCAUCAUUUUAAAAUGGAAGAAGUUUGGAACCACCAAGACUCUUCCUAGAGCUAACCUCAUGGAGGUGACCAAGAACCCAUUAGUCACUCUGAAAGAGCACCAUCCCUACGUUGAAGGUGGUGGCAGCAUCAUGCUGUGGGGAUGUUUUUCAGCGGUAGGGAUUGGAAAACUAGUCAGGAACGAGGGAAAGAUGAAUGGUGCAAAGUACAGAGAGAUAUUUGAGAGAUAGUACAGAGAGAUAUUUGAUGUCCUGAGCGCUCUGGCGCAGGUUCUCAGACUUGGGCGAAGGUUAACCUUUCAACAGGACAACAACCCUAAGCACACAGCCAAGACAACACAGGAGUGGCUUCGGGACAAGUCUCUGAAUGUCCUUGAGUAGCCCGGACUUAAACCCAUUCAAGCAUCCCAGGAAAUAGCUGUGCAUCGGUGCUCCCCAUCUAACCUGACAGAGCUUGAGAGGAUCUGCAGAGAAGAAUGGGAGAAUCUCUAAAUACAGGUGUGCCAAGCUUGUCGCGUCAUACCCAAGAAUUAAUUUCUGUAUUUUUAUACAUUUACAAAAAUGUAUAAAAACCUGCUUUUGCUUUGUCAUUAUGGGAUAUUGUGUUUAUAUUGAGGGAUAUUUUAUUUUUUAUUUUAACAUUUUUGAAUAAGGCUGUAAAUUAACAAAAUGUGGAAAAGUCUAGGGGUCUGAAUACUUUCCGAAUGCAAUCCAUUACAUUGCAACUAAGUUUUCCCAUAGGGGAUUUCCGAAAUACUUCAAAUAAGGUGUUUUGUGUAGGCUUACCCUGGCGUGAUGUUUUGAAAACUGUAAAUCUCUCUAGGACAAGGUGACUUAUCAGUAUAUUCGCCUGAAUUUACCACCCCAAAAUUAAAUCCUAAUUUGCUGCUAAUGUAUCCAUCAUAAAGAACUGCAAAUGCAAAGUUAAUCUGCAAAAUAUUCUUAAAUUUAAAAUGGAUCAAGCAACGGCAAAAACAAAUCUAAAGCACAAGUUUUUGCACAUCUGCAUACAGUAAUUGUUUUAUAAUUCACCCACAGACUACAUGCAUAGAAAGACAGGGACACAGAAUAUAUAAAGGCAAUGAAUGAUUAAUAAGAGUGUUAUGGGGUACUGGAGAUUCUCACGGCCCUCUUCAAGAGUCAUGCGAUGGGUCAGAUCUGCAGUGAAGAGAAUCGGCGCAUUACAACUUUAUACAUUUGAGAUUUUAAAAGACAACUAGAAAAAGUCAUUCCUGAAGAAACUUUGUGGACUCAGCUGGCUAAAAGUAUUUCCAAAGUACUAGUUGAAGAAUUUUCACCAUGGCGGUCAGGGGCAUAUUUAAGGGCUUUCCAGAGGUGCUGCAACACACCAACCUCCUGAUUUAUUUUCUGGCUUUUCAUGAAACUUACUUAAGCAUACAAAUAAAAUAAAUUGAUUGGCAUAAUGUGGGCAUGCAGGACAUGACAGAACUGUAAACACAGUAGCGGUGCAUGGGUAAAAUCAAUGGGGAAGCCAUAUUACAACCUAUGUGUUGUGAUAAAUUGUUUGCUCUGUAACCUAGUCGUUCAUAUGCCUUGACACCGUGAUAUAGGCCUAAGGCCGAGACAAUAAGAAGAAACAUUGACAAAAUAAAUUCAACCACAUGUUGUUUCACUACAAAGCCAGAGAGCAACAUCCUUCCGGUAAAGUCCACAAAACACAUUGCAUGUAACAAACAGUUACAUGACCUACAGCAUGGUCAAGCAACUUUUAAAAAAAAAGUGUCCUACAUUUUCGGACUACUAAACUAUUGAUUUAGAACCAUGGGAGAGUUACCCCAAGUCACAAAGAAAACAGGAGCUGCAUCCAGUAUUCCAGCACCAUUUCAACAUCUAAAUCACCUAUGCUUAGUCUAAUACAGUGACUAAAAGAAACCAAAAACAAUUUAGUCCAAUCAACGUAAGCAAAAUGUGGUUGUCCAUGGUUCUGAUUUCUGUGUGUAUGUGCGUAUUUGCAUGCUUGCAAAUAGAAAUAAAUAAAAAAACAUUGAUUCAACCUA